AUGGAACUCGGUAAAGAUUUUUCUAGCCACUUUAAGGCUAAAAAUUUUCUAGGAUUUCUAAGCAUCCGAAAUGGGGUAUUUGUGACUUCGUUUACUCAACUACUGUUUGGAGUGGCUUUAUAUUGUAUUUUACACUACCUACACCCUAGUUUACAUGGAGUGGCGUGGUUUUUACUAGGGCUACACGUUCUGGUUGCCGUCCUCGGGUAUGUGUUUUUAUGUUUAAAACUCUGUAGGUUCGUUGGGGCGUUAAAGAGGAGUCUGGGAUUUCAUGCCACGUACAUGGUCUUUUACGCCGUGUCUAUGGUUUUUGUCGCAAUGAUCGCGUUGGAUAUGUCGGAGCUGGUCCACUUUCUCCCGAAGGCUCCUCAGAUGCACGACUUUUCCAUGUUUCAGACUAACACGCCACUUAUUACGAAGUUCAAGAGUCCAAACUCUAAAGUUCUCUUCCCGUUUAACUUCUACAAAGACCCAUUUUUGACGAACAACAUGCCCGAUCUGUCGGACUUGGGUAACGGAAAGCUCAUCGCCAAGUAUUCUGUGACUGAAAUAGACCUGCACAACCCUCAGAACCCGAUAGUUUCAUACUCGGGAACCAUUAGCAACGAGCCGUUUGACGCGAACUCGCCCAACGGGAACAUGGACGGCACAACCGGUCUGCCGACCAGUGCUGGUGACGCCGGUCUGGAUGACCUGGAUAAACUCAAAAAAUUGCUAAGGGAGAAGCUAAACGACUCCAAUCCCACAAACUCUACCGACAACAAUAGCGGUCCUCGUUCGGAUACUGCUUACCCUGUCGGCGCAACUCCUAGCAGUAGUCCUACCACUGCCACUACACCUGAUAAUAAUCCCACCUCCAGCCCCACCAGUGCUCCUACAGCGACACCCGAUAAACCUGCAAGUCAGAGUGGCGGUGACAAGGACGACAGUCUCUACGAUCACAUUCCCUUCCUUCCGCACCCUGGGGAGACUGAGGGUGAGUCUGAGGAGGUAUCUAAGGACGAGUUUCCUCCCGAGACAAACGACUUGAGUCCUGAGGGCAAGUCUGAGGUGGUCGUGAUGUACAAGAUGCAAAAGAGAUCUGUCAAAUUCGCCGCUUCCGCGUUCCUGUUAGUGUGUUUAAUCUUUUAUAUGUAUUCUUUCUGGGUCGCGUUCACUUUCGCGAUGAACAAGUGCACUUGUCUCGAUGAGCUCAGCGCACAGCCAGACCAAUUUACGCCCCUGGUUGACUAA